UAAAGAGGCUAAAUGGCAGUUUUAUUUAAUGAAUACACAAACAAAGGUUAAUCAAACAAAUGUAACAAAAUAUAAAAGUGGAAAUCAGGGUACAAAUUUGACCCGCUUGAUUCUUCCAUUGUUCAUGGUAUAUUCAUGUUGAGUCAUAUUUCCCUUAAUGACUCUUGUUAAACUCAUCUGUCAACACUUGAACUGAGAAUGUUUAUUAAUAAUUUACAGGGAUGCGACAAUUAUUUACAGAACAUUACUGACAUGCAUGCAAGCUCAACACAUGUGGGUUAGGGUUUAUGUGUCACUUUUUUUAAACAUAUGUGUUUGUAUAUCUUUAGUUCCAGUCUUGUUUUAUUUAGCAAAUCAUGCACAUCUUAACUUGCUCAUAAAUAAAUGUUAAUACUGUAGAUUAUGACCUGAGGUCACAGCGCCCUCUAUAGCUGAGGAGAGGCUAGUGCAGCGUCCCAUCUCCUGUCAUCACUGAGUGCGUACAGAUGCUUCGGUGAGCUCAUUUUAUGGUCUCUUAUCUGGCUCAUGUUUAAACUGCCACCUCUGAUCUUUUUUGCUCUCAGAUGGGGCUAUAGCUAAAACACUUUGUAUUAAAUAAACAGCUAUCAAUCUAAUACGCUUUUUAUGCGUGGAAAAUACGUAUUUCUCCUCUGGAUGCCAGGAUGAAGUGCGUGACUUCACGGACCAACUUAUGAGUUUCCCCAUCGGUUUAUCCUUGUUCAUUUCCUGAAAACUAUUUUGUUAUCAUUUUUCCUUUUUAUAUGCUAAUGACUCAUGGAUUCUCUCUCAUAGCUUCCAUAUAAAUAAGAUAUUACAGCACAUCUUUCGCAUAGACAAUUAUAGGUCUUGGAGAUAUCACUUCAUGCUCCCCUUAUCGUAUAGAUUACAGUUUAGUUUAUUUACUUUUUUGAAUUGUGCUCUACUUUUAAAAGAGUUUAAUUGAAUUAUUAUAGGGUUUUUUUAUACCUUGUAUUUUUACAGAUUCCCACCUGCACAGCUCAGCCUAUCAUGUUUUUAGCUGCCUUACUUAGUUUUCUUAUAGUUUUUCCCCAUCUUCAUUUGUGUAUGUAUGUUCGUGCACAGAGUGUACUUAUACCCUUCGGCAGUCAGGUCAGGGAACGGCUACUCUACACAGAGAACAGAAAACGAGGACUGUUUAUUGAAAUUAGUGAUGAUGGCUCGGUUAGAGGGUCUUCAACACAAAACCCUAACUGUGUACUGGAAAUGCGGUCAGUGAAUGCGGGUGGGACGGUCAUCAGAGGUGUAGCUUCAUCUCUCUUCCUCUGUGUGAACAAUGAAGGACAACUGAGAGGACAGAGAGAGUUUGCUGAAGAAGACUGCAUCUUUAAGGAAUUGCUACUGGAAAAUAGUUAUUCUUGUUUCCUAUCUCCACACAAUGGACUUUCUGUGUCACUCUUCACGAAGCAGUCUAGAAAGAAACCUUGCUCUGAAAUGUCUCUGUUUCUUCCGAUUAUGACUACACAGUUUAUGAUUCCAGCAAGAGAAGACAGCCAGAUACAAGACGUAAACCUGAACUCUGACGACCCACUUGGAAUGGGACACCAGUCGCACAUUCAGAACAUUUUCAGCCCUAGUCUGUACACUUAGAAAUGAAGAGAGGACAUUCGUUUUACAUUGUAACUGAUAUCAAGGUUGACAAAUUGUCCAGCUCUAAGUGUUUUGUACUUGAAACCUUAUUUAUUAUUUAAAUUUAUUUAUUUAUUUACCAUUGUAUAAUAAUUAUUUAAUAUAAUUUAUGCAUAAAACGUGAAUUUAAUGGUCGAAAUCUGCGGACAAGAAAACAUUUCACCUUCAGUGUGUAUUAUUUGUCAGAGUCAAUAUGUUUGUGUGAUAAAAAGUUUUAAUAAAUAUAAAUAAACAAACAAACGUUGUUAGUCUUACACAUUUACAUUGCACAUAGACACCAUAUAUUCAAUAUUCCCCUAAAUAGCAUUUUGAAUACACACACGUUUCUCAUUCAUGGCUGUGUGGCUGAGUACAGCAAUAAUAUGAGCAACAGCAGGUAAACAAGACUCAACACUAAACAAUUCCAGAUUAAUUUAUGACUUUAAACUGCUGCCUGACACACAAAUCCCAGGAACAUUUAUGGAGGCAACUGGGUGAUAAAAUGCAUGACAUUUAAAUGACACUGCUCAGAGUCUCUUACUAUGAAUAAGUCGUAUGUCAAGAACUAUACAGUAAGAUCUUGACAGCAAAGGUGCAAUGCUUAUUGCACAACACCACUUAGCUUACGCUCGGCUAAUAUUCCGAACACAUUUUAGCAUUAAGACGACAAAUGGCACUCUUUGAAUAGAUACAAAUAGUUUCCACAAAUAAAUACAUUCAGUAAUUUAACUUAAUGUUCCAAAAAAAUCUUCAUUAGAAAGAAACACAUACAGUAAACUCGUUUUGAAGCAUAAUUAAAAUUAUACAUUUCAUUCAUAUCCUCAAAAAUGGGCAGAUCAUCUAUGAUCACGAUACCUAAUACCACACUCUUUAUUCCCCAAUAAUUCAUAGCUGACUCAAAAAAAUAAUAA